GACGUCCUAUCACAAAGCACAGUGUUAGAUUACCACCUCGGCAACAUCGUCGUUGUCGGUGUCGUUGUCGUUGUUGUAGUCGUUGUCGUUGUCGACGUAUAUUACAACGAAUAACAAAUCGUAUUUAUUAUUUUUAAUAACCAACACAAACAAACAAAAUAAUCAAACGUUUUUAAUUUUUGUUUUCAUCAAUUUUCAUUCAAUUGAAAUUUGUUUCUCUCUUUUUUUUUCAUUUCAACUUUUAUCCGUACUAUAAUCAAUUUUCCAAAAAUCAAAAAGAAAAAAAAAAGAAAACGUAAAAUUAAUACAAAAUAUAAGUAAAUAGUUUGAUCGUUCAUUUAAUACGCGCGCGUAUUCGUUAUUAGAUAAAAGUAAUUAAAACUAAAAGUAAAAAGUUCAUCAAUCAUGGAGACCGUUUUGGCAAACACGUUGUCCAAGACAACCAUAAUUGGGGAGUCUAACAUCGAACAGAAGAGCAAAACUAAUUUUGCUAACGAUGCCAAGAAAAUGACGAGAUACUCGUUGGCGGAUUCCGCCGAUUCAGUGAUGAACACCGCCAUGGAUUAUUACAUUAAAAUAAUAACGAGAGAAGACGAGCACAGGGUAUUGAAAUUCCUCAGGAGGUUUUUCUUCCGUGACGAACCUCUAAAUCAAUCAAUCGCAUUAAUACCGGAAGGUGAAGACACAACAUGUCACGAAUUGGAAGAUUAUUGCAAAGAUUCAUCCCUUGAAAAUAAUUUAAGUCUUAUGGCAAUAUCAUCGUCUACCGGUGCAAUUAUUGGCGUUUUGUUAAACGGAAAAAUGGAGCCAUGCGAAGAGGAAGAACCAGAGUACAUAAAAAAUUGCGAAAAUUCUAAAUUUAAAAUGAUAUUGAGGUUUUUGCAUUACAUCGAUAAAAAUGUAAACGCAGAUGGAAAAUUUCGAAAUCAAAAUAUAUUAGAAAUUAGAAUAAUUUCAGUAGAUACUAAUUGGAGAGGCAAGGGUAUUGCCAAGGCUCUCAUCGAAAAUACCACACAAAUCGCAAGAGAACGUGGUUUCAAUAUAGUACGAGCCGAUUGUUCGUCGAUGUUUUCUGGAAAAUUAUGCGAACGACUUGGUUUCGAAGCGAUAUUUCAAAUUAAAUAUACUGAUUAUCUCGACGAAAAUGGAAAACCUGUUUUCUCGCCUGAACUUCCACACACGGCUGCUAUAACGUAUAUCAAAAGAUUAUAAAAUCAUAUUUUCUAAUCAAAAACUUUGAAAAUAAAAACAAUUAAUGUGAUUUAAA